ACAACAGAAUGCUGAUACCUCGUCUCGAUGAAGUUCGUCGAGCACUGACCGCUUUUCACUUCUUCAACACUCUUUUAGCGCUGGCGUUCCCAGUGAUUCGAUCAACAUCUUUAUGUGAUUAUGUGUUUGCAGUUGAAGGAAAUGAGCAAUGCGAGAUUGAUUCGCGCGAGCGUGAGAUUCUCAUGUUUCUUCUGAUAAUUCUGGCAUGGAAAGGACGAAAAGCGACGAAUUGGAUGCACUACGUCAACAAUAUAUUUUUAUUCUCAAAGAUCGCCGGCAUGUUCCUUUUCAUUCGUGCCGAUAUUCUGCCUGGAAUCAUCUAUAUUUUAGCCUGCUUAAUCGUUACUGUUCUUUUCCCUGAACCCGUGUACAACGGUCCAGAGCAAGUGACAUAUUUCCAAGGUGAACAGCUUUUCGAAGAACUUACCAGAAAUCGAAAUACCAUCUGGGUUAUUCAAUUCUUCACAACAUGGAGCCCAGAAUGCAGACAUACUUCACCCGUUUUUGCGGAAUUGAGUCAAAAGUUCACACUUCCAAACAUGAAGUUUGGGAAAUUGGAUAUUGGAAGAUGGGCAAAAGAAGGCGAGCGGUUCCGUGUGAAUGCUCAUCCAAUGUCACGACAGUUACCAACUAUUUGUGUAUUCAAGGACGCAAAGGAAAUCGCUCGUCGUCCACUAGUCAACGAUAGUCGUCGUGCUGUUCCAUUUGUGUUCAGUGAAGAGAACUGUGUUCUUGCAUUCGAUCUUCUCAAUUUGUACAAUGAGCAGAAGGAGAAAAAAGGCGCGAAAGCGAAGAAAGAAGAUUAAAUAUUCGAUGACAGCUCAAAAUUUCCAUAUACGACUCAAUCACGAGAUCUUUCAACAACAAGAAAUAAUAACUCGGCAUUUAAAAUUUAUACAUCUAUUUAGAAUAUAGAGGAUUAUUUGUAGCUUUAAAUUUAUAAUGAUAAAUGAUUUUGGAAAUCAA